ACUAGUCAACUUUUCAGGUGACUUUAACCACUGCCGUUUUUUCUUGUUACCUUUCAAAAUACUUCUUUUUCUUCUGCCCUUCAGGAGAUUGUAACAACCUGCAGUUCAGUCUCUGAGAGUUUACUGAUUUAUCUUCCUACUCAAACAAAAUAAGAAGUGAUUUCUGUAUCUCUGAAGAAGACCUCAAGAUCUGGACUACUCUGGAAGAAACUCCCAGUGAGGUUAUCCAUAACUUCAGAGAUGGAGAGUGAAUACAAGAGAAUUGUUCUGCUGAAAGGAUUAGAGCCCAUCAGUGAAUAUCAUUUUAGCAUUGUUAAGUCUUUAUUGGCCCGUGAUUUAAAACUAAGUAGAAAAGCUCAAAAUGAAUAUAAUAGAAUUCAGAUUGCUGAUUUGAUGGAAGUAAAGUUCCGAGGAGCCGCCUGUGUUGACGCUCUAAUAAAACUUUACAAAGACAUAGCAGAACUUAAGGAACUUGCUAAAACUCUUAAAAAUGAAAAGUUAAAAGUUGCAAAGGGAUGCAAAACAAAAGGAAUAACUAUAGUGAAAAAAAUCAAGCAGGAUAAAUCCAGUACUGAGAAGUCUACAUCCACCCCAAAUAAAACUUUGGAACCUGAAUCAAUCAACGAUACACCUGUGUUGAAGAAAAAGAAAAACAAAAGCAUAAAAACUGAAGAAUCUAAGAUGCAGCUAACCCAGGAACAGAGUCAGCUUCCAGAACCUUCAAGAACAAGCACACUGUCAACUGAGAGCCAUCCCCAGACUUCUCAGAUGCCUCCACCAACCCCACCCAGCAUUUCCUCAACCAAGAAAAGGAAAGACAUAACCAUUAAAACUGAGGAGUCCAAGAGGAUGAAACUCUUCCAACAGCUGAGUCACCUUCCAGAACCUUCAACAACCAGCACAUGCCCAACUGAGGGCUGUCCUCAGGUUCCUCAGAUGCCGCCACCAACCCCAUCCAGCAGUUCCUUAACCAAGAAACCAAGACUGAAGUCUGUACCUAAAGAAGCUUCCAAAGAAGAGGGUCUACAGACGGGCCCCAAAGAAGUGAUGGUACUGAAAGCAACAGAACCAUUUGCAUAUGCCUUUAGUGAAGGGGAGAAAAAGAUGUUUCAUGCCACAGUGGCUACUGAGAGCCAGUUCUUCCAAGUGAAGGUUUUUGAUGUCAGCCUGAAGCAGAAGUUCAUCCCAAAGAAAGUCAUUGCCAUAUCAGAUUAUGUUGGCCGCAAUGGGUUCCUGGAGGUGUACAAUGCCUCAUCUGUGUCUGAUGUUAAUGCUGACCGAAAGAUGGAGGUCUCAAAAAGUCUGAUUGCAAAUGCAAAUGCAACUCCUAAAAUCAGUCAUCUGUGCUCACAAGUUGCUCCAGGAACAUUUGUGAAUGGGGUAUAUCAGGUGCAUAAGAAAGAAGUGCGGAAUGAAGUCAUAUCUUAUGGAAUACAAGAUAGUACAGGGCAGAUGGAAGUUAUAGUGUACGGACGACUGACCAAAAUCAACUGCGAGGAAGGAGAUAAACUUCAACUCAUCUGCUUUGAAUUGGCAUUAGGUCAGGAAAAGCAGCUGAGAUCCGUAAUUCACAGUUUCAUCAAGGUCAUCAAGGCCAGGAAAAGCAGGAAACAAUCACUCAAUCCUGAUUCAUCUAUGCAAACCUCACUAGAGUUCUCCUGAAACCUGGAUGCCAUUAAAAAUGAUGUUCAUGUAGAUAAGAUCUAAGUACGGAAAAAAAUAUAUAUAUAUAGUUGAAAUACAGCAACAUACAUACCAGCUAUCAAUUCUUAGAAAUGGGGUAUUACAAGUGCUUUUCUCUUUCAUUUUUAUAUGUCUCUGUACCAUCUCAAUGUCAUAUUUUACAUCUGUAACAUUUAUAACUUGGAAAUAACUAUAAACAUCAUGUUUUUCUCUAAAGGAGUGAUUCCCCAGGAGUCUAAUUCAUUGGUGAAUUGUUUAAAAGAAAAUAAUCUGUAGCCUAUAAAUCAGGGUGGGGCACGCAGGCCCCAAGGAAAGUUUGGAUUUAUACUUUGGGGAGGAUCCUUAUAUGAUGAGUCUCUGGUCAAGAAUGGACAGGUUGAAACAAGCUAUGUUCUGUUCAAAAGGAACCCAGUGAGGUGGCAGACAGUGGCUGAAAUCGUUUGGGCUUCAAUUGCCAAACCCUGUGUCCUACGGAGAGGUUGCUUUGGUCCAGAAGGAUGAAUAUCUUUUCAGAAUUGGUCUCUUAGAUGGGGCAUAAUUAGGUAAUUUGUCUGCCAAAUGAGGCAGCUUCUGGUGAUUUGCACAAAGACAUUAGUAAAUUUGGAAGAAAUUCUAGCCCUGUCUGAUGUGAAAUAACAGGUUCCACUCACUCAAGUACCAAGAGCUCAGUAGCUCUCCAACCACAUUUCCUGGUUCUCACAUUUCUCAUAUGUGGAUUCCAUCAGGAAGUUGCCCCAGGCAAAGACCUGCAUUAGGCAAACACUGAAGAACAAUUAAUUCACUUUAGCGUACAAUGGCAGAAAGUAAAUAUCUAUAACUGAAAUUUACCGUGUAUUUAAUAACCACAUAUUUGAUAUCCAGUGUUUUGCAAUUAUUUUGUGUCAUUUAAUCUUCACACUAACUCUUGAGGGUUGAUAAUAUUCUCCUUUUUAUUCUUCUAAUGAGAAAAACUGGAAUACAGAGGAAAAAUCGCUUUCCUGAUGAUUUAGAACAGUUCCAUCAUAACAAGAAUUUCCUUCAUGAUACUUGUCCACUCUUCCCCCAGUUCCAAGCUCCUGGCAACCACUGAUAAAGCUUCUUAACCCAUACUUUUUCCUUUUUCAUAAAAUAAAAUUAAAAGUGUAUAUAGAAUUUUGACUCUGGCUGAUUUCAGUGUAGUGCAUUUAAGAUUCAUCUAUGCAAUUGUGUAUACCAGUUUAUUCCUUUUUAUUGCUGUGUAAAAUUCAAUUGUGUGGACCCAACAAAGUUUGUUUACCCAUUCCCCAGGAGAGGAACAAUGGGGUUCUUUACAGUUUUGCAGAAUUACAUUAAAACUGCUAUAAAAAUUCGCAUGCAGAUUUUUGUGUGACCACGUUAUCGUCUCAGUGGAUAAAAAAUUUGGAGGGAGAUUGAUGGUUCGUAUGGUAGGUAUAUGUUUAAACAUAUAAGACAUUGCCAAAUUGUUUUCUAAAGAGACUGUAACGUUUUUCAUUCCCACCAGCAAUGUGUGAGAGUUUCAGUUCCUCUGCAUCCUCCUUAGAGUUUACCAUUGUAGGUGUGUGUUAACCUGAAAAAAAAAAAAAAAAAAGAAAAACUGCCAAACUCUUUUGCAAAGUGGUGUACCAUUUGACAUUUCUGCCAGCAUUUUGUGACAGUUCUGCUUCCUCUACCUCCUCAUCAGCAAUGGUUAUGGUCAAUCUUUUUAAAUUUUAGCCAUCUAAUUGGUACAUAGUGGUAUUUCAUUGUAGUUUUAAUGUGCAUUUCUCUAAAGAUAAAUUAUGUUGAGCAUCUUUUCAUGUGCUUAGUUGCCACCCAUGUAUCGUUUUCUGACUAUUUUUGAAAUUCAGUUAUUUGUUCUCAUAUUAUUGAGUUUUGAGAGUUCUUUGUAAAUUCUGGAUAUGAGGUCUUUAGCAGCUAUGUGACUAGCAAGUAUUAAGUCCCAAUCUAUGACUUGCCUUUUCAUGACUUUAAGAUAUCUUUUGAAAAGACAUUUUCAUUUUGAUGAAGUUUAAAUUAUCAAAAAUUUAUCCUAUGUAAGGUUGUGCUUUUUGUGUCAUAUCUAAGAAAUCUUUGCCUAAAA